GCAAUUGCAUUUUAUAAAAUAAAGCAGCAGUAUAAAAAUGACCUCUCCAUUGAUCAACGUUAAAGUUUUAUAUGAUAAAAACAAAUGUCUAAAAAAGGAAGAUGUUGAUUCUUUGUUGGAAUGGGCUAAUACAAAACAACACCUUCCAAAAAUCAAUGAAUUGCAAACAAUUCUUUUCCUGCACAGCUGCUACUAUCAACAAGAACUAGCCAAAACCACAAUUGACAAUUUUUUCACUUUUAAAACACUACGCUCUGAUAUGUUCACAAACAGGAAUCCUUCAUCAACUUCAAUGCAAAAAAUUAUGGAUCACAGCUUUGUUACCGUUUUCUCAAAAAAGACACCAGAAGGCUAUAGUAUUAUCUUUGUAAAAUUUGUAAACAGUAACUCCAAUCAUUUUAAUCUUUUGGAUGAGCUGAAAUACAUCAAUAUGGUUUGCAUGUUACAUUUGUACCAAGAAGGACCUUCGGAUGGUUAUUUAAUUUUAGUCGAUAUGAAGGAAGUAACUUUUAGUCACAUUUUGAAACUAAGACCUGCGUUAGUGAAAAAUUUCUUGUAUUAUUUACAAGAUGCAAUGCCUGUUAGAUUAAAGGGAAUACAUUUUUUCAAUCUCAUAGCAUUCAUGGACAAGAUUUUGUCUCUAAUAAAACCGUUCUUGAAAAAAGAAAUAAUAGACGCUUUACACAUUCACCGGACUUUUAAUACUUUGAUAAAAUUUGUACCAUUAGAAUGUCUGCCUAAAGAUUAUGGUGGAUCAGAAGAAGCUGUAGUACAUUUACAUGAAAAAAUAAAAAACGGAUUAAUAGAAAACAAUGCUUUUUUUGACUGGGAAGAGACAUUAACGGUUAAUGAAAAUAAAAGGAUGAAAGAAUGAAAAAUGACCAAUUAUUUCUUAUGUGUUUCACUUUUUAUCAAAGAUGAUGUCACCGAU